AUGGACCAAGUGGCCUACGAAGAAUCGUGCUCGAGCUGCCAGGACAUCUUCAAAACUAAAGAGGUCGUUUCGCGCUUGGGCAACGCGCGAUUCGCGCAGGACUAUAUCAACUGCAUGAGCUGCAUCAAGAAACGCAACUUGGCCGGUGACGUCCCGAACUCCGAGUCAAUGUGUAAUCCGCUGGAGGUGGUGAACAUUC